AUGGGAACGAUAAUUAGUAGAUCUGGACCAGUGGUGGUGGAUAUCGUCAAGGAUGCGCUGAGUAAGCUGAAUGCUGGCCUUGACAGUCUGGUCAAAAGUGAAGUUCUGCGGAACGGAACGCUUGUAAAAUUGAAUCCGACUGAUAAGAUAGCUCCUAAUGUCGUGUAAGUUUGCUCUACAGUUGAUUUGGCUUGCAUAAUCUGGUUUUUUCUUCUAAAAUCAUAUUUUUUAGGUAUGUUAUGUUGAAAAAGCUUUUAUUGUAAAUAUUUUGGUUGAAUGAGGUAUUAUAUUGUUUUAUGUGUUUAAUUUAUGUUACGGAAUUCAGUUGUUUUGUGAUUUGACUAACGAUUGAUAUUGUUUUAGGUUAGGAUGGACCCGUUGGUUGAAGCUGUGCUUUUUUCAAAGGAUAACAAGCAGUUGACGGAAACUGUUUUGAAGUACGCAGGUGAUGGUAUGUUUUUGAGCUUGUUUCUGAAGGUAUUUUAGGUUUUUUUCUUCUGUAAAUUACCUCUAAAACACGUUUUUUUUGCAAUUUUGAUAAUUUGCUACCUAAAAAUUUGUCUUAGGUUGUGUUUUUUGUUUGAAUAUUAAAUGAUGUAAGAUUAUUUUGUUCUUUAUGAAACAAUAAAGUAAAAUUGCUGUUUUCAGAGCUCAGGGGUCAAGUUUGGAAGUUGGAGGACAAAUACCUAAAUGAUAAUCAGAAGCUCAGAGCCUACAGCCUAAUCUCAGAUGAUUUUGUUGGUACUAUUAACCGAGCACUUCUGGAUUGCCUUCAGAAGGUUAAGGAAGUUGAGGCAACUUCAGAAGAGUGUCAAUGAAGUUGGGGAAGGAAAUAUUGAUGUAGGUGGUAGUCAUUUUGAUGAAAAUCGUGCUGUUGAGAACAGAACUUCAGGGCGCGAGAGUCGGAAACGAUUGGCCACGUAAGUUUAUUAGUGAUUUUUUGUUUUAUUAUAGAAGUUAUUGUGUUCUAACGCUGUUUUCGAAAAAGUCAGCUUUUCGAAAUUUAUUUUUAAUUAUAGAGAACAACGAAAUCUGAAGAAGGACAACAUUGUAUUUUAUAAACCAAAUGUACAGCCAAAAGCGGAUUUUGUAUGGUCGAAGAAAACGGAGAAAUUUAACUACUUCUUGAUGACCACGAAUUCAAAUUUCUUACCUGUUUUGGACGGCGUGUACACUUUUGUUGUAAGAUUAUUUUGAUGAUUUUACUGUUUAAUCACUUUUUAUUGAGUUUUUACUUUAAAUUACUGCUUUCGCAAUUAUAAACUCACUUUUAGUUUCAAUCGGGUAUUCCUAAUUUUAUCGAUUACGCCAAGGCUAUGGUUGCUCACAGAGUAAAGGAUACAUGUAUGAUCCUGGUUCCAUCUUCACAAUGGCUCUUCUCUAAAAAAUGCAAAACAUAUUGGGAUAGCCUGCUCAAAACGCAGCUUAAGAUAUUAAACGAAACUCUUGAAACGCGACCAAAUAUCUAUAUGUAUCUUCUUGGAUUUCCAACUGACCCUUUAGAUGGGCAAUUCAAUGGACGACUGGGAAAAUUCAACAGAAUUUGUGAACGUAAGGCCCACUAUUAUGGUUUCGUGGAUACCUCACUGUUUUUGCCAAAAGAACUGAAGUCGUCAGCUUCGGACCGACCAGAGUUGGGGAACCCAAUGUUGUUGCCGGAUGAAUUAGAGGCUGAAGUCUUGUGCAAGGCUGUUGACAACAUCAAGGAUUUGGUUGAGGGAAGUUGA